AUGUGGCAAGGAAAUAUUUCCAAGAUGUUGUCCCAGACGGGAUUGGGGACAGGUUUUCGCCUCCCCGUAGCCAACGCGGACAACAUCGCCCUCGAAAAAGAACUCGAGAAGCGACACCACAUCGUCCAACUCAAACGGUCCGACUUGGACGAUAUUGCAAGACACAGUGACAUCUUGGAGCGAGGGAUCAGAAAUGCCAUCGAUCACAUAGCUCAUGACAAAAAACUACUUGCUGCAAAGUGUGCCGAGGUCACGGCAGAGUCGGAACUCGUCAAAGCCUCGGAGAGGGACGCUCACAACUUGGCCAGAGAAUGCAAAUUCGUCGACGAGACGUAUAAAAAGGCAGCCGCGCACAACAGGGCUCUCAUUGGUGAAAUCGAGUCCAAAAAGUAUGACGUUUCCGAACUGGCCGAAAUGAUCGAGUUCGACCGGCAAGAAUUGAUCCUGAUGGAGAACAAGGCUGCGGACGAGACUCAAGUGAUGAAAUCCAUUGAGGAAAUCGGUGACCAGGACUCAGAAACUUUGAGAAAAAACGAGACUCGGUAUCGAAAAGCGACGGCGGAGUGGUCCUCCAUGCGACUCGAGUUGGAUGGGAAGGUCGCCCUCACGAGCAUGAUGCAAGCCGACUUGGACGGGCUGAGUGAACGCUUCCGCAAGUUGCACAAGGAGCGAGGGGACAUCGUCGCCCUCUGGAAGGACACACUCAUCGCGCUCAACGAGAAGGACGGCGAGAUGAAGGACAUUGCCGAGGAGUACACCAGCGCUGUCGCCUAUCUCCACACCCUAAAGCAGAAGGGGGAGGAACAACAGAAGAAGUUGGAGGAUGGCGAAAAAUCCUCCGAACUCGCCGCCAUCCAACUCGCCAAAUGGGACCGGAAAGUCAACGAUUUACGGGAAGAGCUCAAAAACACUGCCGACCUGUCCACCCUCCUCAAAGACAAUCUAUACACGUACGAAACCACGAUUUCAUACACGUCGAAACAGCUGCAGGAAAUGACGGCGAAAAUGGCCAAGUUGGAAGCCGAGCUGGCCGCGAUGCAUGACAAGAUUUGCGUUGCAGAAGAGGCUCUGGCCAAACUGCGGGCGGAGAACGAGGCCAACUCGGGCCAGCUGUUCAGUGCAGCGGAACGGAUUCGCCAGAUCGAGGAGUUGAUCGACGAAGAAGAACGGCGGACGGACUCCUUGGAGAAAAAGAUGGCGAAAGAGAUCAUGAAAAAGAAUCAGUGGGUCAACCAACGCUCCGUCCUCGAGACGGAGUCACUCGAUGUAGACCAUGAAAUUAAGGGGAUGCGGUUCAACUUGCAAAAUCUACUCACUAGGACGAAAGACGCAGGAAAUACGCUUGAACGGAGGAAGGCCACCAUCUACCGAAUGGAGUUGCAGUACAUCAACGCCGAGGUCAAGUACCUCCCCAUGAUGAACCCCAAGCAGGACACGAUCCAGUUUAAAGAGCAGGAGGAGCGCCUCCUCGUCUUGAAACUCGACAUGGACCAAACUUUGAAGCAGAAGGCGUUCGUCACUGUCCAAACGGAUCGAAUCCUCCACGUUCACCGACGCAUCGCCAGGGAAAAAGUCACCACGGAGAGGGACAUUGCUGGCUUAGAGCAGAAGAGUAAUGAGCAUCGAUGCCUCGUUAAAUUUUCCGUGAAGAACUUGGAGUACAUGGUGGGCGAGUAUCAAGGCCUGAUGGUGGCGCACAGCCUUCUCAAACUCAAACUCACCCAAAUGAUCCAGGCCCUCAAAGAACAAAAGAACUUUCUAUAUGAUGCGGACAAUCAGCGAGUCCUGCUUCAAGCUGCCGUGAAAGAGAAACGCUCCGAAAUUGAUGCCCACACCCGUCUCUUGGAAUUGAAGAGGAGAGGCGUUAAGGAUGAAUUGUGCCAGUUGAAGCUACAAAUUUGCCAAGUUUCUGCCUGCGUGGAUAAGCGGAAAAAACGGUACGACAUAAUCAUGCAAUUGAUGGGGAGGCAGGACGAGGUGGCCGGGGAAGAAAAGUCAGAGGCUUACUACGUCCUUAAAAUGGCGCAGGAACGCGAAGUUCUCUUGAUGGAAGUGCAGAAAUGGAAGAACAGAUUGACCGAUGCGGAAAAAGAGAUUGAAGGCUUGUCCAACGUGCACAAGGUUAUGAACGCGUCAAAUUCUUCGCUCAAGGACAGUUUGGCUCCUGCCCCAGAGGAGUCCGAGGAGGUCAAAGCUCUCGACCGUUUGACCGCUCAAGAGCAGGAAAUUCUCCUCCGUCGCUCUCGCGCGCACAAGUAUCGCGCCCUUCUUCGCGACAAGAUGAGCGAAGUGGAGCAGAAAAUCGUCAUUGCGGAACAAGAAAUUCGGGCCACGAUGCAAUUCAGCGAUAUGAAGGAAGCCCUCGCGUCCAAACUCCAUAACGAGUUGCAACGCCAACGGGAGAAAGUCGUCCGUUGGAAUGGCAUCUGUUCCCGGGUCAUCAAAGAGAUUAAGCCCCUCUUCCCCCCGGAACAGUUCGACCUUCUCCAGAACGACCUCAAGUUGCGCUUUACCGUCAGCAAGUUUGAGAGUGCGAUCGGUAUGUUGGAGCGGCUGCUGUUUCAUCAUCCCUACGUCAAAAAGUACUUUGUUCGUCGUAUCCAGCAGGACAGCGGGCUCAUGAAGUUGUACGACCGUUUCAGCCAGUCUCUCAGCAUUAGCAGCAGUAGUAGGAGCAGUUCGUCGUCCAGUUCGUCCUCCGUCUCGUCAGCCACUUCGACCACCCAGUCGCCAGGGGGGACGCAUCGCGUCAAGCUUAGCACGAGUGUGAGCGGAUCGUCCAUGUCCAGCUCGGUCAGAACUAAUCCGUCCACCGCGGUUAAGUCGGUGACCAAAAUGACGCCGUUUAGCCGAAUUAAUGUUACCAGUGGCAGUAAGCAGAAGGUGGGUGAGCAGGCUAAAAAAUAGGAAUAUGUACGAUGCAGUCAAAAAAUGUAUGUAGAAAUAUGCA